AUGAAAACACCCACAGGAGUGAUAUUUGUUCUUCUGGCUUCAUGCAUAUGCAAAACAUUCGGACAGACAUGUGAAGGAAACUGUGGGGACAAUCUCCCCUUGUGUUCAUGCCACUCAACAUGCACAUCCCUGAAGACCUGCUGCACAGAUUACAAAGAGUACUGCGUAGACACAGCUCCAUAUUCUGGCUCCAUAAUGGGUGGGAUGGACUUCCUUGUCCUUGGCGCAACAUUUAACAGAACUUCUGAGAUCAUAUGCAGGUUUGACAAUCGGAUCGACACUCUGGGCUAUGUGGACGCAGACAGUAGAGGUCAUUGCAUCUCGCCACUGUUGUAUGAAUCAGGAUGGGUUUCCUUCAGUAUCUCCUCGGAUAAUGGCACUACAUUCAAUCGAGUUGGCUCCUGGCUGUCAGUUCAUACCGGCAAGUUAGAUGCAAAGUUCAAGGCGACUCUGGUCAACUCCACCAAAUGGCAGUACUACGGCACACCCGGCGUCCAAGGGACCCUCGAGAUGACAUGGAACACCUCUUUAGUCAGGACAGAGAGGGUCAACAUUGAGCUGUGGGGAUACAGGGAGACAGGAGAGCCUUAUUCCGAACAAUGGAGCGGUGCCUGGGAGUAUCUGUACUCACUGGCAAAGGAUCAACCCAACAGCGGCUCCUUCAGCUUUUUGCCCAAACCAGCAGAGAACGGCUUUUCAAGCUGGGAGCUCGGCUGUGUGCGCGUCAGUCCCAGCCACUACUCCGACGGCACGUGGGAUGUCCAGGCUGUGUGGACGGAGGAUCACGCUCUGGCCUGGCACCUGGAGGAGAAGUUCAGGCAGGACUCAGCAGCUUGGGCCCUGGAUAAAUGCGUAGCCUGGGACCAGCUGGAAAACCGACUGCCCAGUUUCCAAAAUGAAAUCAUAGACUGUCCUUGCACUCUGGCUCAGGCGAGAGCAGACACAGGGAGGUUUCAUACUGACUACGGCUGCGAUAUAGAGAAAGGGAGUGUGUGCACCUACCAUCCCGGCAGUGUUCAUUGUGUGAGGGCUAUACAAGCCAGUCCUCAGUAUGGAGCAGGACAACAGUGUUGCUACGACAGCACAGGUGCUCAGGUCCUGACAGCAGACUCCAUCGGGGGCAGCACACCGGAUCGGGCGCACGACUGGGGUUCCCCACCUUAUAAGAAACCCCCUCGAAUCCCUGGACUGUCUCACUGGAUCUACGACGUCCUCAGCUUCUACUACUGCUGCCUCUGGUCCGACAACUGCCACUACUACUUCAAACAUCGGCCCUCCAGCGACUGCAGGCGUUACCACUCACCCAGCUCAGCUGUGGUCUUUGGGGAUCCUCACUUUAUAACGUUUGAUGGCGUCAGCUACUCCUUCAAUGGCAAAGGGGAAUACACGCUGGUGACCGCAGAGAAUAAAAACCUGACGAUCCAGGGAAGAACAGAGCCUGUGAACAGUACGAUCAAGGCAACGAUGCUGACAUCUGUGGUCAUGAAAGAAGCGUCCUCUGAUGUUAUGGAGGUGCGGCUGGCCGGUGGACGCCAUGGGCUCGAAGUGCUGCAUAAUCAGAAAAGUCUUUCCUUUACGGAGCAGAGCUGGAUGGACCUGGAUGGAGUGUUUGUGUUUUCUCCGACCUCUUCGAAUGUGACUGUCAUGUUUCCCUCGGGAGCCGGCGUGGAGGUCAGACUGCGAGGGGGGAGCAUGACGACCACGGUGCUCCUGCCAGAGGAGUUUGAAACACACACUAAGGGACUGCUGGGAUUCAUGAACGGUGACCCCAAGGACGACCUCAUGCUCAGUAACGGUCAGAUUGUUGGAAACCACAGCAAUCCAGAAGAGGUGUUCAACUUCGGAAUGAACUGGGUCGUUCCCAACGAAUCCGCCUUAUUUACUUACGAUUCCCAAUACCUUCUGGACACGUAUUACUACGCCUCCAGACACGACAUCAGCUUCAUUCCAGUGUUUUCGGUCCCCGAGGAUCCAGAUGAUCCACUGAAUCAACAAGCAGCAGUGAUCUGCUCCGGAGAGGGUUCUCAGUUCUGUAGGUAUGACAUUCUAGUAGGUCGCGAUCCAACACUGGGAAAUCUCACCAAAGCAUCUUUCCAGAGUCACAUUUCUCUUGUGGACGAUCUAAAGCCAGUGAUAUCUUGUGGAUGGCUUUCACCGCCACUUAAUGGGAAAAAAGAGGGGACCACCUAUUUAGAGGGCGCCAUGGUGCGGUUUUCCUGUGACGAGGGCUUCAUUCUGCAAGGAUCAGCAGAGCGGCGGUGCCAAGCAACAGGACGGUGGUCUGGAGAGGAGACCAGCUGCGUGGUUGACAGUACGGAUAAAUGA